CGGGGCUUACCAUGGUCCAGGUGUUCGAGACAAUCUGAUUUUCGAUGAGCAACCUAAUCGGCUAGUUCGUGGUAGUGAUGCUGAUCGGCGAACGAUGGAGGCAAUCAGCUCCACCAGUCCGUGCUGUUCCGUCGCAGUGUUGCACUGGCGAUGCCCUUUUAUGAUGCACCGCUGAUUCAGUCAGGAUGGAAUGCAGUAAUAAAAAGAGACACCCUGUCACCGACUUAGCUGACUUAAUAAAUGCCGCAACAGUGCAUUCUGAAAUAAACCUGAAUUUCCAUGACUAACCGAAACGACGAUCUCUCCACAUCGAGGCCGCUGCUGCAUGCCACCAUUCCCAAUCGACGCACUGUGGAACUGGGCUGAAAAGCGCCAUUUCAGCUCCCUGCGUUUUCAGCUGCAGCCAGCCACGGCCGAAAUGACGCGAUCAAGGGGUUCAAAAGUAGCGCAGGCCCAGUUAAUCAGCUUGGUUUUUCUCGUCAACCUGUGCCAAAAUGGCUGCCCCAGCCACUUCGUACGCGCGCCUGGAGAACUGGCUGCCGAGAAACCACAACUUCAUCACGGACUGGUUAGCAGAGCUGAAUGACGAAAUCGAUCAAGUGGAGGAUGAUGGAUUCGACGUGGUUUUCCACCCGUGUAUCGAGAAAUUCGAAAAGCUCAUCGAGGGCGACGCGGUCCUGCGCAUGCUGGCGUCGGCCAUGUUUACGGAAGUGCCGAACAAACGGCCUUAUCUGAGGGAUCCAACUGCCCACCGACAGGUCCACGAUUAUCACCACAUGCUGGUGCUGUUUAAUCGCAUUCUCACCAAAGCGCCAGAGUGGACGACCAGGGCGUAUGGCAUUGGUCUGGUGGGAUUUCCCUUCAACGCGAUCAUCGACUGGCCCAUGGCGACACCGAGUGGGUAUGCAUUUUUCCUGAACAAACAAGUCAAUAUGCACCUCAAGGAAAUCCUCACCGUCUGGAAGAACUUUUUGCACACUGAAGCGUCGGCCGAUGUCGUGUCCAGCAAUAACUGGCUGAGCCCAGAGGCAAAGGGCUUCCUGACCGACGACGCCAAUCUGACGCCAGGAAAGACAUACACCUUUGAAGAACUCUACGUCUGCGAUCCAAGCAAGCCUCACUAUGGCUGGAAAUCCUGGGACGACUUUUUCAUCCGCCUCUUUCGACCGGGAAUCCGCCCGAUUGCCUAUCCGGACGACAAGAAGUUCCGCGGUCUCGACCCAACAUCCGUCGUGGUCAACGCGUGCGAAUCCAAGCCCUACGCUCUCAAAAAGAACGUCAAAGAAUACGACCGUUUCUGGCUGAAGGGCCAAGAGUACUCUCUGUACGAAAUCUUCUCUCCAAGCCCACUGGCACAUUUUGCGCCUUCUUUCGUCGGGGGCACUGUCUAUCAGGCCUUCCUCAGCCCAACGACAUAUCACCGCUGGCACGCCCCAGUCUCGGGCACCGUCCUCGCAACCACCGUCAUCGACGGCACAUACUACUCCGAGCCCACAUUCACUGGCUUCGCACAAACAUCAACACCAGACCCUGCAUCGCCAGAUUUCUGCCAGGGAUAUCUAGCGCAGGUUGCGACGAGAGCUAUCCUCGUUAUCAAAGCCGACAACAAAGACCUGGGACUGGUGUGUUUCGUGCCGAUUGGAAUGGCUGAAGUAUCCUCGUGCGAGUUUGGCAAGGACAUCGUACCCGGUGCCCAUAUCACCAAGGGCCAGGAGACGGGCAUGUUCCAUCACGGUGGAUCGACGUACUGUCUAAUUUUCCAGGGCCAUGUGAAGCUGGAUUGGGUAAAGGGUGCUCUUCCGGGUGGUGCAGAGGAUAGAAAGAACCAGCCAUUGAACAGUGCUUUGGCCUUUGUUCGAUAGACUAAUUGAUGAUGUUAUUAGACCAUGUUUAGCGAAUGUGUGACCUAGCCAUGACCUGAUGAAUAAAAGCUAUUUACUAUUCUUAUGAAAUCCAUAUUAACUCAAUAUCAGCUAAACAGCUACCGAGGCCUCCCUAAAGCCAGCCGUG